AUGCCAACACUUACUUCCACGUCCACGAUGCAUGUUGCGGACCAGAUUCCACUGCUCUCAGGGUACGUAAAACCUUUUCAUGGGAACCCUGGAGUACAAAAACAAGAGGCCGGUGUUCAAUAGUAUGACGGAAGAGAGAGAGCACGUUUUGGAGCACAUGGCUUGUGCUUUCCGUGUAUUCGGUAGGAAAGGCUACUAGAAGGGCUCUGCAGGUCACAUAUCCAUGCGGGAUCCAAUUAGCCCACAAACGUUUUGGAUUAAUCUCUUAGGACGCGACUUUUCGCGGAUGCGAGUGUCCAAUAAUAUGCACGUCGAUGACAAUGGAAAUAUACUACCAGAUGAUAAUCAAGUGGUUAUCAACUGAGCCGGCUUCAAAAUCCACUCAUACCUGUACUGUGCCAGAUCCGACGUAAAUAAUGCCUGUCACGCUCACAGCGUGUAUGGGAAAGCAUGGUCCGCAUUUGGUCGUGAGGUUAGAAUGCUGAACCAAGGCGCCAGCACAUUUUACAAAAUGCACACGGUGUAUGCGAAUUUUGGAGGGCUCGUGCUUGAGGACAAGGUACGAGAGCGAUUGGCCACACGUUUGCAUGACAAAAAGGCCAUAAUACUGCAAAACCACGGGAUUUCGACCGUUAGCGAGACGAUCGAGGAGGCGGCAUUUCUUUUCACUUUGCUGGAGCGUACGUACGAAGUCCAGCUCAAGGUUGAAAUUACUUGCAAAUCCGGCCUGGAGAAAAAGAUCAUCGGAGAUGAAGAAGCUAGCUUCUCCUAAUUUACCACUUCCGAUCUAACAACGUUGCACGCGGAGGAUCAGCCUGACUAUGAACUAGAAACGGAGUCAAGAAAUAGAAGAUUUGAGAAGUAA